CCCAUGGAGUACACACUGCAAGCGGGGAUAAAACUUCUUGGGACCUCUUACUCACGUUAUUAUCCCGAAAUCUCGCCAGCUCGUCUGACAGCUGCUGAUAUUAAUGAACAGAGACUGCGUGAUGCCCGUAUGACGCUUACUUAACCGAAAGGAAACGGUAACUUUGGCGUUGGGUUUGUUCCUGCCGCUGCUCCAAACUUCUACUUCAACCAGAAGUUUGCUUUGACUGUGAAGACUGGCUGGUGGCGUUCCUGUGUGGAGUGUACUGAGAAGAAACUCUACCCUCACUUCUGGAAAUCUCUUGUGUUCACUUCCCCGCGUGAUGGGACACACACUCCUGGUAGUCGUCGUGCUCCUUGCCCUCAGCAGUAUGGCUUCUGCAGGUCCACUGUCACGUAGCCCAUGUGAGUUAUUACCUGUGGGUGAAAGUCACCCUGUGCAGGCCCUGCUGAAGAGCUACACAGCUCUAUCAGGCUGUGCGAGCCGUGGAACCACCAGCCUCCCUCAGGAAGUUCACAUCAUCAACCUGCGCAGCAGUAACACUGAAGAACUGAGAGAGGAACCUGAGGUGGCAUUACACCUGCGGCCCAUCCAGUCUCUGUCAGUGCACCAAAAGCCGCUGAUCUUUGUGCUGAACUCGCCAAAGCCGUUCCAGUGGAGGAUUCAUGCAGAUAACUUGGCUCCUGGAAUUAAAAGGAUCUUCCACGUGUCAGCUGGCUCUGUUGUGCAGUUUGAGGAUGGAAAUCUGUCCCUCUCUAGUGAGGUGCACAGAGAGACGUUACCGCAUGGAAAUGAGCACCUGAUGUCCUGGGCUAAGCGCCUGUACCGCGCCAUCACAUCCUUUACCGAGCUCAAGAUGACCCAUGACGUCUACAUCAAAGUGGGAGAAGACCCUGUAUUUUCUGACACCUGCAAAAUCGACAACAAGUUCCUGUCUCUGAACUACCUGGGGAGUUAUAUCCAGCCUCAGGCAUCCACAGGCUGUGUCCUCUCUGGUCCAAAUGUCGAUCAAGAGGUACACAUCAUCGAGCUGCAGGCCCCAAACUCCAGCAGUGCGUUGCAGGUGGAUGUGACGGUGGAUUUGAGGCCAGUGGAACCAGAAAUCCCUCUGCACCGUGACAUUGUGCUGCUCCUCAGAUGUGACAAGUCUGUGAACUGGGUGAUCAAGGCCCAAAGUAUAAUUGGCAAACUGCAUAUAGUGACAUCAGACAGUGUUAGCUUGAAUGCUAGCACGGAGCGACUGAUGCAGGUGUCCAAAGCGGUGAAGCAGAAGCUGCCUGCAGGAGCUCAGGCUCUGAUCCAGUGGGCCGAGGAGAACAACUACGGCCCCGUCACUUCCUACACCAGCACUGCUGUGGCCAACAUCUUCCACCUGCAUGUUAGAGAAGCAGAAGUGGUAGAUCCUUUAGAGAGCAUGUUUCCCCCGGAGCUCUCUAUCCUGCGAAACACAGAUCCUCGCGAAGACACCCGUCCCGACCUGCCCUUCCUCUUUCCCCCGGGGGUGGACCAGAAUCCGUCCUUCCCUUUCCCACCUACUCUGGAGGAGCAUGCGUGGUCACGUCGGGGUCCUGAGGAGCAGCGUGGAGCUCUGAGUGGGAUUCUCAGCGUGCAGUGUGAGGAGAGCAGGAUGGUGGUCAGCAUAGACAAGGAGAGCCUGCAGGCUACAGGUAUAAGUAAAGCCAACAUAACCCUGCAGGACCCACAAUGCAAAGCAACAUCUAACUCCACCCACUACAUCCUGGAGACACCACUGACUGGCUGUCAGACCACUAAAUACCCCCUGCACCACCCCAGCCCAAUGGUCCUCUACAUCAAUUCAAUCGUGAUCAGACAGUCGGACAGCAGGGAUGGCAGCGGCUGGCCAUUGGAUGAUGAAGACCUGGAGUCAGGAGACGUGCUGCUCUCAGAGAGAACAUCAUCUGGACACCGCUCUACCAUUUUGUUUAACUGCACGUACCGUAAGGCUGAAGAUGCUCCUCCUCACUUCCCCUGGUCUCGACCAGAUGCUCAGCACGAGCCUGUGGAAAACGUGACAUUCAGCAUGGAGCUGUACAACACCAGCCUCUUCCGCCACCCACAACCUCCCUCUUUCAUCCAGGUCAUGGAGAACAAGCCCGUUUUUGUGGAGAUCUCAGCCACUAAAGCAGAUCCUGAUCUGAGCUUCAUGAUUCAGACAUGCUUCAUCUCUGCACAUUCUAAUCAUGAGGUGCUGUCUGAUUACGUCCUCAUUGAGAACAUUUGUCCCACGGAUGAGUCUGUCCGCUACUACCCUCAGAAAGUGGACAGGAAGCGCUUCAGCUUUGACUUCAGGUCAAAGUUCAAGGUACCUUUGCUGUUCCUGCACUGUGAGAUGUCCGUCUGCUCUAAGAAACACGAUAAGCAUCCAGGACUGCCAGAGUGUAUGCAUCCUAAUCAGGCCUGCACGUCUGUCAGUGGGGAAACCAUCAUCAAAAUGAUGAUGAACAGCAAAACCUCCACAAAACCGCUGGUGGUCAUCGGUGAUGAAAGCAGCAAUGAAGAUGAUGAUAUCAAUUAUGGGUACACAAACGAAAAAAUGCCUGAUUCCACAACCCACAAGCCUCAGUGGCCUCCAGGUGGCAGUCCCCGUGAUUCUCACAUGUAUGUACUGGACACUCCGACUGUGGUGGGCAUCGCCUUUGCAGCCUUUGUCAUAGGAGCUCUCCUUACAGGAGCACUCUGGUUCAUCUAUUCACACACAGGUGUUCCAGCAGUGAGACAAAAUGUGCCAAGGUCUCCUCCUGCCUCAGAGAACAGCAGUGCAGCUCAUAGUAUAGGCAGCACUCAGAGCACACCAUGCUCCAGCAGCAGUAAUGCAUACACACAUACAUAAACACACACACACACACACACACACACACAGACACACACACACACACACAGAGACAAAGUGCAGGCCUGGCAGGUCAUCACAUGGGGCUCAAAUUAAUUUGUCUUCAACAUCAUCAAUCUUGGAUGCUUUCUGAGAGUAAAGGACUGAUCGAGUUUUGUAGAACAUCACAUUUUGUAACCAGCUCAGUUUUCAUCCUAAAAUAGUUGGGAAUGUGGAAAAGGAGAAGAAACAAAUCCUUGAUAAAAUGUGGAUGAACGAUGAAAAAUGCUGGUGAGGAACCAGGCAUGAAAAACCCCUACACCAGCACAUUUAAUUUUUGCCAUAUAUGGUUGGAAACGUCUGUCGAUAACAAAGUUUGUUUACUGCAGUUGUUCUUACAGUGUGGAAGCAUCUGGAAGAUGAGAAAGAGUUCGAUGCUGAGCGUGUGGUUGCACAAUGUUUGAUGUGCCAAAGCAAGCACAAUUCUAUUCAUGCGUGAUUUCAGCCAAUUCAUAAUUAAUACAAUGUCUGUCUGGUUUCAGAGCAAUAAUAAUCCUAAAGGGAAAAAAAUAGACCACAUAUUUGAUACAAACUACUGCAUUUUGUCCAUUUACUAGACAUUUAUGUUCCAUGUUCCAGUGGAAAAAGUUGUUUUUUUUUAUUAUAUGUUCCACAAGCUGUAUUUCCUUUGUUUGACUUAUUAGAACUGUCAUAAAAGCAUCACAGCCAAACCAGCACUUAAUUUAAUAAUAUAUAAAAAUAUAUGCUUAAAAUAUAAGAUAGAUAUUACAGUAUGGUCACGUUAUUACAUAACAGGCACAAAAUGCAUUAACCUAUUAGAAGAAAUACUACGGGAUUCAAAACUAAAAAUUAGCAAUGAAAUUGUGUUUUCCAUGUGGAAUAGCCUUUUACAUGACAUAAACGUUUGGGGUUAGUAUUGGGGUUAGUAUUGGGGAAAUUAGUAAUGCUAAGAACUAAUUUCCAACAGAAAUCUGAAAUGAAGAACCUGUUCGGAUCAGUUGUAAUGCAGACCCGGUUUUUCUGAGGUAUCUUUAAAAUCAACUGAUUGUUAUAGGUUUAAAAACACAAAAUUUACAAACUGCAAUUUGUUCCCUCAGUUUAAAUAUAGCACUGAUUUCAUUAUUCACCAUCUUGAUUUAAACUAAUCAGUGUGGACGUGGUAUAGUAUUAUUCAUUUAAAAAUCAUUAUACACAAUAUAUUGUGUUAUUUAUUACAUAAUUGGUCAAGUAUUGUUUUUUUGACCUUGUCUUUUCAUUGAAUAUUGGUUAUUACAUGUUAUUGGUUGAGACUAAGCCAAUAUUAUACUAAUAACCUGCCAGAAAUUCAUAUAUUUGAGGUCUUAUUAUAAUUUUGUUCCAUUGUUGCAGCAAUAUUGGGUCCUCAAGUGUAAAUGUCUUGAGGUUUUAUCAGCCAAUACAAUUUAUAUGUGGAUGUAUUGUAAAAAUAUAUAAAUAUAUUUUUGUAUAUAAAAUUUAUAUAAAGAAUUUUACAAAGAAAAUGAUAUUAUACAAUGAUGUUAUCCUAAAGCUAUCUAACGUUUAAGCCAAGCUUAUCACUUAUUUUAAUGUGGUUCUAAUAUAAGAAUAGUAUAUAGAUGAUACCUAAAACAGAAAUCAUUUAAAGAGGAAUUUAUUUAUUGAUGUAAAUGUGCAGCAGCUGUAUACAAUAGUUUGGCUUAAACAAUAGAGCAUUUUUUACGUGUGGAAAUGAUUAUGUAUAAUCACAAAAUAUUUUAGAGCAUCUUUCAGAAACAGCUUUAUAUACUGUAGAUAUGAAGAGGAGCUACAGGAAUAAGGAGAAGAAGCUUAGAUAUAAUGAUUGAUUGAAUUUAUUACAGACCCCCCCUAUCUGAACAUUCAGAAAGAGAGAGUAGUUUAUUAACAGAAUACGUUAUCUCUGUCAUGGCUAUUAUAUAUUUUAUGUGUACAGCAUGCAAUGUAUUUUUUUAUUUUUUUUGUAGAUUCAUCAGAAAGGUCUCCAGGAUGAGAAACAGAUUCACAAAACACUUCCUGAUCAGCAAAGUCCCUAGUCCCCAGUGUUGAAUUUACUCAUACAGCAUUCAAUUAUCUACACAAUCUGCCCAAAAGUUUGUGGACACCUGACCAUCGCAUCCAUAUGUGCUUUUUGACAUCUCAUUACAGGUUGAGUCCCCAUUUUGCUGUUAUAAUAACCUUCUACUAGAUUUUGGAGCAUGGCUUUGGGGAUUUGUGUGCUUUCUGCCACAAGAGCGUUAGUGAGGUCGGGCACUGAUGGCACUGAUGUUGGGUGAGGAGUCCUGGGGCGCAGUCAGUGUUCCAGUUCAUCCCAAAGGUGUUCAGUGGAAUUAAGAUCAGGGCUCUGUGCAGGCCACUAGAGUUCCUCCUGGCAAACCAUGUCUUCAUGGUCCUCGCAUUGUGCACAGGGGCAUUGUCAUGGAACAGGUUUGGACCCCUUAGUUCCAGUGAAGGGAAAUUGUAAAGCUACAGCAUUCAGAGACAUCCUGUACAAUUGUGUGCUUCCAAUGUUAUGGCAACAGUUUGGGGAAGGCCCACAUAUGGCUGUGAUGGUCAGGUGUCGCAAACUUUUGGCCAUAUAGUGUAGUUGGACACUGUAGUUAGAGAUUAAAUAUUGCUCAAUGACUUGCUCUUGAGAGCUCUGGAGACCUAAAGCAAUACUUCAGCUGAAAAGGAAAUCUGACAAGUUCCUUUUUACCCCGCAUGUAGUCAUCAGCCGAGACACAUUAGGCUUCUGCACCAUUAAUCCACUAACCUCUCACCGCCCCAAACAUGUAAAUAAUCCAUUCACAUAAAAACACAGGUUAGAAAGGUUUCAAACUAACAUUCCAACUAACGUCUCAUUACUGUGUUGUUAUUGUAUAUUUCCUUUUGCAUUUCCAUACAGGGUUUGUUUUAUAUGCCAUUUAUGGUAGGUGUCAGUACAAAGUGAAGCCAAAGCGAUUCCCACCGUCACAAACAAACAUGAAUGUUGCCAUUUCAAACACGCCUUAAGGUCACAUAGUGAUGAAAUGAUGUGAGGAAAGAGGGGAGCUGGUUUGGUUUGGUUUGCUUUGUACACAGCAUGCAGUGUAUAUUUUCACAUGUGAAGCUUCAUAAACUCUGUGCAUCUCAUAACUGUGUCACUUGCUGCAGAAUCUAUAGAAUGUAUUUUAUUUUAAAGCUUUCAAGUGUGUGUAAACUUGUAUAGAUGUCUUCAAAACAGAGCAAACAGAGUAUGAAUAUAUAUAGAUAAAUAUAUUUGUGUAUAAAGGUAUAUUUUUGAGAAAAGUUAAGACUUAGAGCCAAGCUAUGAUUUUAAUCAUAUACUGUGAAUUUCUUUUCAGCUUACUUCUGUAGUUACAAGGAUAUGGGACAAUCGAAAAUUACACAGAGUUGCCAGUUUAUUACAUCCACCUACCUGCUGUGCUGAAAAUAAUCCAUCAUAUCUGCUCAGUGAUGGACCUACAGUGGUGUAUUUAAGAUGGUAGGCAGGAUAGAUGGAGGCUGACACAUUAUACAUAGCAACAGAUGGACUACAGUCAGUAAUUACAAUUACAAAGUGCACUUGUGUAGUAGAUUUAUCUGAUAAGCUGGCAACUCUGUGUCAAUUUUUUAUUUUGUUUUUAUUCCCUAUUGGAAAGUAUUUCCUGUGUGUAGCAAUUUUGGGUGAUUAAACUUUUUUUUUAUUCAUGUGUGCCAUUUUUUUGUACAUCAAACAAGCACAUGCUUUCAUGUAAACUCUAUACUUAUUUGUUGUAUGUGUGCACAUGUAAAUGAGUUUUUGUCACAUUGCCUAAAACUAUAGAGAUAUAGAGAGAUAUUGUCUCAAAAUAUAUUAAUGGAGUAUUAUUAACAACUAUUAACCAAACUUAAUUUGAAAAAAAAAAAAAAAACAGUCACCCCACUUGCUCCAAGUCAUUGUUGAGUAAAAUGCUUUGGUUUUGACCUUUCGUCAAAUUCCAGUUGACCAAUAACAUUUAAUGUGUAUGCCUUCUUCUAAGACUUUCUCAUCCAUGAAAAAUGUGCCAAAUAUCAGAAGAAUUUUAGAAGCAAAAACAUUUCCACAAAAUCUGUAAACAAAAAUCUCAGCAAUGAGACUAAAGGGAUAAUAAAGGAGAGUUCUUCCUUUUUUGCAAAAACUGAGUUUUAUUAUAUUCUAAUUGUUCUAACUGUAUCUACUGUCUCUAUUUUUAAAUUGUGAUAAUUUCUAUUCUGCUGGUUUGAUUAAUUAAUUCCCUAAAGUUGAAACAAGUUGGAAAUUAUUUAAAAUACAUAUUCCUCUGUAGUCAAGUCAAAAGCACACUUUCCUAGAAGGCCAGAUAUGUGUUCAUGUGUUUGUAUUUGUCUGAAUGUUUGCUGUUAUAUCUACCUCAUAUUUGUGGUGUGUAUGAGCUGUUGGCUUUGCGUGUAUGUGUGUGCGUGUGUGCGUGUGCAUACCUUAUUGAGUUUGAGUAGCUUUGUGUGCUGUUCUCCAUUACGUGUGCAUUGUAAGAAUCACUAAAAGCUGGAUGUUUAUUGUCAUACCAUAUAUUUAGUAAAUGUUAAUGUGAACUAAAACACACUCAAAACCGCUCAGUUGACAAAUCAGGUCCGUCUGUUGGCUGUCAUUUCUGAUCGUAUGUGAAGCUUUUCAUUUGUCUGUAAAUAAACUGUGCUGUAAAUAUGCAUGCUCUCUAAAUGUUCUGUGUAUAUAUAUAUAUAUAUAAAAAUAAAGUCAUAUAAUCUUCA